AUGUUGAAAGAAUACAAACUUGUCGUCGUUGGAGGCGGUGGUGUGGGUAAGUCUGCCCUCACUAUCCAAUUGAUCCAAUCCCACUUUGUUGAUGAAUAUGACCCAACAAUUGAAGACUCGUACAGAAAGCAAUGUUCUGUCGACAAUGAACAGGUGAUGUUGGACAUCUUGGACACCGCAGGCCAAGAGGAAUAUCUGGCAAUGCGUGAACAGUAUAUGCGCACGGGUGAGGGUUUCUUACUUGUGUAUGCCAUCAACUCGAGAACGUCGUUGGAGGAGUUGCAGGUUUUCUACGAGCAAAUCCAAAGAGUCAAGGAUGUGGAUAAUGUUCCAGUUUUGGUGGUCGGCAACAAGUCCGACUUGGAGAUCGAAAGACAGGUGAGUUUCGAGGAGGGUGCUGCUUUUGCCAAGUCUUUGGGCUGUCCCUUCUUGGAGACUUCCGCUAAGCAAAGAAUUAAUGUAGAGGAGGCCUUCUACGGUUUGGUGAGAGCCAUCAACACAAAUGACCUGUCGCUCGAGACGGCGCCUACUCCUCCAGCAGUGGAGGCCAAGCAAGCUGCCUCAGCUACGCCUGCCGACAGCGUUGCUGUUGGAGAGUCCGCACAACAGAACACCGGUGCUGGUGCUGGUGCUGGUGCUGCGCUCAAGAAGCCUGCGCCUGCUGCUGCUGCUGCUCAGAAACGUACCCAACAGACUUCUGCUCCAGAGAAGAGCAAGGGUGGAUGUUGUGUCAUCGUGUGA